UAAUCGCUUUGCCCCUCUAUCUCACAUCGCCCAUUAUCGUCAGAGUUUCUAGCCACACGGAGUAGAAAAGAGGGGAAAGAAGAGGUUUAGUCAGGCUUCUCUUGCCGUCGUUAGGGUUUCUACCCUGUCAAUCUAAAUCCUUCCUCGCUUCCUCGCCUCCUCCGCUUCUGCCGGCCCAUUUUUCAAUUUUCAGGGUUCCUUCCUCCCCCUCCGCUCUUUGCGAGAGAGUAGCUACAACGACGGCGAGCUGGUGAUGGGCAUCGGAGACAAGCAUGUUAAGGUUCACUGAUUAAAUGAUGGAGGCAAUUGGGAUGAGGGCUCAUGUUAGAGUUGAUUAUUUGGAGGUUGAGUUCGUACGACGAAUGAAGGACGUGUUCAUGUGGAUAUUGAAGAGACACGAUCAUCGCGCUGAGAUCUAUCGAGUCAAAGUUGUUGCCGGGAGGAUUGUACCAUUCACGCAACAGAGGUUUACGCCACCGUGCAAGAUGAAGGUUCUCGCAAGCAGUGCAGUAAGUUGGUACAGCUGCUUCAUUGUGCUUAGUGGCUAUCAGGAGACACUUCACAUGAGCCAUGACACUGAGAUCUGUCUUUUGCGUUGAACCAAAUAUUCCACUGAAGGCUAAUGUAUUAAUCUUGUUCUUAACGCUAUACAUUUAUUCCAAAUUUAAAUUACUUUCUCAAUUCACUACCUUUUUUCAGGUUAAUAGUGUCGUUGAAUAGUUACAUCUAGGUUUAACAUGUUGAAUGAUACUUAACAUUAUCUAAUCCUUGUUCAAUUGGUAAUUUCUCACUUUAUUGGUUUCAGUUAUAUAAGGUUUAACUGAUAUUUAACAUGGUUUAUUCUUGUCAAUCACUUUGUUGUUUCUUCAGAGAGUGAAGUCUCCUCUAGUUAUCGUAUACUUUCUUGAUAUUUCAAUUGUCUAUUUUCUUAUUUGGAUUUCAGAUAAAAAGGAUCAUGUGAAUACUAACAUGUUGAAUCCAUGAGGUAACAAGGGUUUGUGUGAAUUGCCAUUGAGACAUGAUGCCCUCUAGUUCCUGUCUUUUGCUUUGGUCUUUGAUUUUUUUAUCUGUUAUGAUGAUACAAUCACAUGAAUUCACAAAGCUGCAAUUGGAUUUUGGAUUUUCAAAAUAAUGAUGAUACGGUUAGGUUUUUAAACAAAUAAUUGUGAAAAUAAUCUUUUAUUAAUUAUUGGAGGACAGAGAUAUGUUUACCAGUGGUGGAAGCCUAAUGGAAAAAUAUUUUUCCAGAUUGUUCGAUCUCUAAAAUUUACUCCAUUGGUCUUCCGGGGAAGAUUUGGGUAGGCUUGCCCUCCAAAUAUAGUUUUAGGAUAGGGUUUUCUUGGUUCGAUCUUAUCGUAAGCAACCUUUUGCCUUACCUUUUGCUGUUAUGCAGAACUCCAGUUCCAUUUCGGCAAAAUUUUAGCAUUGGAAUAAAACAAGUAUAUUUGUCUUGUUUCUUGAUUUGGUUGAUAAAUGAGGCACAUGCUCGGUUUGUUCAUACCCCUCAUGAUUCUGUAAUAUGUUUCUAGUCCAUGCUAUCUACCUCUCCUAAAUGGACUCAUCAUAAGCCUGCUUCAAAAGGGGAACAAGACAACAUGGUCUGAUGUGUUUAGAUAGCUGAUUCUUGGUUAUAAUAACCCUAAAAGUCGAGCAAAAAGCUAUCGUGAAUAAUAUUUUGGGUACAAUGAAGGAGGUUUUUCUUAAUUAACUUUUUGCUAUGAAUUUCUUGAACUAUAUUGGAGGAAGUUUCUAUCUUCUGUUGGGUGCAUUUAAUGCAAAGUUUUCUAGAUGCUUUUGCUGUCUUGCGUACACGUAGAUAUUAUUUUUUAUUUGAGCUUUUGAUGUUUCAUGUAAUUUUGACUUUUAUUCAUAACUAAUUCAAAGGAUUAUGACUUCUAUUCCUUAUUUUCAGUGAUGAUCCAUAUCAUCUUUUUCCAACAAGACCAUAGUAUCUUGAACUUUAUUUCUUUUG